CCAGGAAAGUCACACUGGAACAUUGUAAAGGAAUAUGGAGAUGAACAAGGGUUGUGGUGUAGACUGAAUAAUGUAUCUCCUUCUCUUUGUCCACUUCCUACAGUGUUGCCUGUUGUUAGUCCACUCCUGUUCGUCUCUGUGUUUGUGUGUCUAUCAAAAUGGGAGUAAUGGGACAAGACUCAGAUUUGUGUCGUGUCGUGAUCGUCGCAUGUCAGUAAUUCCCUCUGAUGCCCCAGCCGACACGGUCAAGUUCCGCCUGGAGAAGACUGCCAUCUCCAGGGUGCCUCGUGCUGCCUUCUUCUACCUGUCUGAGCUGCAGUAUCUGUGGCUGACCUACAAUACCAUCAACACCAUCCAUCCUAGCAGCUUCGUCAAUUUAAAAGUCCUGCGUGAACUGAGAUUGGAUGGAAACCUUCUCUCUGCCUUUCCCUGGGAGGCACUGAGGGACAUGCCUCGCUUGCGCAGUUUGAGCCUCCAUAACAACCGACUCUCCAGCCUCCCUGCCCAUGCUUCUCUCUUUCUUCCACACGUCACAUAUCUUGACCUCUCCAGCAACAGGUUGACCACUUUGCCCUCUGAGCUUCUGGACCUUUGGCUUCCACUCCCUAGGCAGUCAGAAGAACCAACGCUGAGAAGAGUGUUAGGUCUCCAAGAUAACCCCUGGCUGUGUGACUGCCAGAUCUCUGUGUUGACAACCCUCUCCAAGUUCCCAGGAAGCCCUCUAUUCCUGACGGAUCAGUUACUGUCCUGCAGCAUGCCUGAUAAACAACUUGGGGUCUCUCAGACAGAUCCAUCCCAGUGCAUGAGACCUUCUGUUCAACCCUUGGCCACUAAGGUCACCUCCCCAUUGGGUAGCAACGUUAUACUCCGUUGUGAUGCCACUGGCCACCCCACGCCAACCAUCAAUUGGACCAAAGUGUCUGUCUUCAACACUGAAUGCUGCCAGCAACCGGACAACAUAGAAAUAUCUGAAAAUCUACCUAGGAACUUAGACAGCUUUAUGCAGGAAUCUCCUCGAGUAGGAAGAAGAUGGUCCAUCAUCAGCCUCAAUGGAAUUUCAUACAAAGAUGCAGGGGAAUACCGCUGUCAAGCACAGAAUAUGGCUGGAACAGCAGAAGCUUACAUUAGGCUUAAGGUAGUGGGAUUUUUUGCUGAACCCCCAUCCAUUAAAAUCAAAGCCCAGACAACUCCACUUAAAUCUUCAUUGAAUUAUAAGAAAUCCCCUCUUGUGCAAAAUACAAAACAAACAUCAGCUAUUAUUUCAAUAUCUGACCCCCCCAAAAAGACGGUGACUCUGAAACGCAUUAAACCCCUCAUUUUUGCUAACAAAACUCAAAAAGCAAACGGUGUUCCCACCACACUUUUAAAAAAAAGACUAUUACUUAACAAAUCUGUGAAAAAAAAGAAGUAAUAAUACCUCUAUCCAAUAUCAAAAGGAAAAGACCAGGAUUAAAUUAUCACAAGUAAAACAUUUCUCAGACGUCCAAAAAAUACUUCUCAGAACAAAAGUUAAGUCCCAGUUGUCCUUUAUUGGGGACAAUUUAUGAACAGAAGAUUAGGGAUAGGGAUAUUAACCUGCAGAGGGCACUCUAAAUACACUGAGUGACUCCUUACUGUGGGGCCUUUUACCUGCAAAACAGGAAGGAGGGAAUUGAAAUAAAGCAAUU